UUCAAUCUAGAUCAAUUAGAGAAUCGAAGAAGAUGGAGAACAACAACAACAACAACAACAACAACAACAACAACAAAAACACAAUUGAUAAUGUUCAACGUCAAGCAUCAAACUCUGCAACGAAGAAUGGAUGUGGUUUCUUUGGUAAUCCGGCGACUCAAGAGUUGUUCGGUAGAGCUACUGAGACGGAAGUGAAGCGAUAUGACGGUAUAAUUAGUCUGUUUUGGGAGGCAAUAUUUCGUGAAAAUAAUGCAAAAAAGAAGCGCGUACGUGUUAUUUCUAAAAUCAAUAUAGAUCACGAAACUACUAAAAACCGGUGUGAUGCGUGCAAGAAACGGAUCAAGUUGAUCGGAUUCAAGUGCAAGUGUGACGGAAUCUAUUGCGGGUCCCACCGCUAUCCGGAGGCGCAUUCUUGUAAGUUCGAUCAUAAGGAGGUUGGACGUAAUGCACUUUCCAAAACGUUGUACGCAUCUGCUUGUAAGGCUGCCAAGAUUAAUUACAUGUAAAAUUAUUGCAACUUUUUUUUUUAUUCAAAGGUAUAUAUAACAUA